GCCUUUCUUCCCGUGUGAAAUUAGCAUAGGGCAGUGUAUAUAAAACCGCCUGUAAGAACGUAAACUUAUUCAGCUCAAUUUUGUGAACAAAAUAUCAUGCCUGAACCAGCGAAGUCCGCACCCAAGAAGGGUUCAAAGAAGGCCGUCACUAAAACCGCCGGCAAGAGUGGAAAGAAGCGCAAGAGGUCCAGGAAGGAGAGUUACGCUAUCUACGUGUACAAAGUCCUGAAGCAGGUUCAUCCCGACACCGGAAUCUCCUCCAAGGCGAUGGGAAUCAUGAACUCUUUCGUCAACGACAUCUUCGAGCGCAUCGCCGGUGAAGCGUCUCGUCUCGCUCACUACAACAAGCGCUCCACCAUCACAUCGAGAGAGAUCCAGACCGCCGUGCGUCUGCUGCUGCCCGGUGAACUGGCCAAACACGCCGUGUCUGAGGGUACAAAGGCUGUGACCAAAUACACCAGCUCAAAGUAAAGCGAUGUCUGAUCUGAUCAGCGAACCCAAAGGCUCUUUUAAGAGCCACCUAUGUUCUCUUUUAAAAGGGUUUGUUUUUCUGCACUUUUUUUUUUUUUUUUUUUUUUUUUUUUUUUUUUUUUUUUUUUUUGUACUAGUUAAGUAGUGUUCUAAGGUACUCUUGUUUUAUUUUAAGCUGGCUAAUGAAACUAAACAUCCUGUAGUUACUUUUGAGCGUGGAUUAAGUUAUUUGGCGUGCUAAAUAUUAACACGACUUUGGCACAAAUAUAAAGCACCUUGCCACAUUUUCAUUAUUUAGAAACGGACGGGCAGCCAGAAUACAAUAAAGCACAGUAACAUUCAUACAAGUCUGAGUUUGUCCACUAGUGUCUUUUCAUUUAUUUAAAAUGAGCAGAUUCAUAAAUGUUCUGCUUCUUAAUCUUAGAAGGUUGAGGGCAAAACUGUACAUACGUGGAUGAUUCUAUUGUUUUAACUGAGAUUAAUAACAGAAAGGUGACAACAGAUGCUCACAAAAGUUUGGAAACUGACUUGAUCUGUUUUGUCUUAUUAAAGAUAUUCCAUCUGAAAUGAGCAUCAUAAACAAAGGGUUCUGGCAUUUUUAUCAUAUAUUAGUACUAUUAUUAUUAUUUUUAAAUAAAAAAUUGGACAUUGUCAUUUUAUAGAAAUAUUGCCAGUGGAGAUCUGUUAGUUUAAAAUACAAUAAAACUAGUGUUUCACACAUUCAAUAUUUUAAAUUUAUCAGAUAAUAGUGACGUCUCUGUCUCAACAAUCAAAUCCUGAGAAAAAAAUAUCUGUGCUGCAAUCUCAUCACUAUGUGUCAGUAGAAAGAACAGUUUCUCAUUCAUAUGCCUGUUAUAAAACUUAUCUUCAAAUAAAUUUGUCAGCUGACUGUAA